UCGGUCAAGCUGAGAGGCUCGGUGUAAUGGAUCAAGGCAGAAGCCGUUUAUUUGUCUCGGAGGAGGCCUUUCCUGAGCCUGUACCGCCCUCCCAAAGAGCAAAGGACAUGUGACACCGCGUCGGGUGCAGACGUGUAGCGCUUGCAGCCCGCCUUCUACCCGGGCCAGGUCUCCUGGAGGCUUCUCACGUUCGCCCGUCCAGCUGAAGAAGGAAGGGCUGGCUUGACAGAGCGAGCCAGCAAGCCAGCCAGCGCCGGGGCGUCGGUCUCGAAGAAGGCGGCUGUGAAGGGGAGGAGCUGCCCGGGCUUCCGGAGCGAGGGAGGGAGGGAUUGCGAGGAAGAAGAAGAAGAAAAAAAAAAAGGGGGGGAGGAAAGAAGCAGGAAGGCGUCAAGGAGCCACCGGGGCUUUUGCGGCGGUCAAGGCGGGGGAGACAAAAACACCGAGCUGAGGGGGAGCGGCGAGCCUGCCGGGCCGGAGUCGGCCGCUGUCCCCGGGAUGGAGCAUCAUCACCAGCAGCCUGCUAGCCGAUACCAAGUGCUUCAUAAUGAAGAUGAUCCUGCAGAAUCAUCAACGGUUGAACAGCCAUCCACCUCGACAGAAACUGUGCUGGCUUCUCAGACAGAAACAUCUUUACCUGAAGGAGAGACUUCACCUCCACCUUACUGUAGCAUUGCUGCAGAAGCAGCUACACCAUCAGAAGUGGAAUCGCCUAACGAAUUCUACCCAUUGCCACCACCCUACAGUGUAGCUACCUCUCUUCCCACUUACGAUGAAGCAGAGAAGGCCAAAGCUGCAGCAAUGGCUGCUGCAGCAGCAGAAGCAACUGCCCAAAGACACGGCCAAUUUAGGGAAUCUAGGAGUCUGUUUGAUGAAAUAUUCCUGAGUCCACCAGAGGAAGAAGAAUAUCCACCAAGGGAUGACUUCAGUGAUGCAGACCAGCUCCGUGUUGGCAAUGAUGGUAUCUUCAUGUUGGCUUUUUUCAUGGCAUUCAUUUUCAACUGGAUUGGAUUUUGCUUAUCAUUCUGUAUAACUAACACCAUAGCAGGAAGAUACGGUGCCAUCUGUGGAUUUGGGCUGUCCCUGAUCAAAUGGAUACUUAUUGUUCGAUUCUCAGAUUACUUUACUGGUUAUUUCAAUGGGCAAUACUGGCUUUGGUGGAUAUUUCUUGUACUCGGCCUUCUCCUGUUUUUCCGAGGUUUCGUUAACUACCUUAAAGUCAGAAACAUGUCUGAAAGUAUGGCAGCUGCUCAUAGAACAAGAUUUUUCUUCUUAUACUAGAGACUGCAUCGACCAGACAUUCCUUUCUCAUACCAAUGUGAACUUCCAGCCAAUCUGUAACCUUCCAAGUGAAUAGGGAAAGACGACUACUAAAUACCGAAGACAAAUUUGAAGCAGGAUCUUUUUGCCACUUAGUGAAUGACAGGGUGGUUUAUGCUUAAGUGCCAUUUCUGUUCAUUCUGAUCGAUAUUUAUAUUCAGCAUUGCCUUUUGUCUUGCACAUAUACAUAUGUGCUAAUUAACAAGAACUUUAAAAAGAAUAAAGUCCAUGCGUAUAAUCUGCUACGCAGUUGCAUACAGCCAGACCUGACUAAUCUGUGUUUGAAUCUGGAAGAUUUUAAGUGUAGUUUGUUCUCACAGUAUUAUAUACUAUCUUCUACCCGGUCUUUUGUUUGUUGGGUACAGACGGCUUCUGCUGAACGACUCAUAGUAAAACCACUUGAACUCAGUUAGUAUGUAAAUUACAUUCUUCUAGUUAUGCACAUAGAACAUUUUAUCACAUAGGUUGUAGCUCUAUAAACGCAUGUUAAAAAGCAUUUGAUUGAAGGCUGACCAAGGUUGUCCCAGUGCACCUCUCUUGUAAUGAAUGGUCCCAUUGGUGUGAGUUUGCUUUUUCCCUAUAUAAACACAGGCAAUAUAAGAGCAGCAGUUCAAACUGCUGCCUUUUUGAAGUCUAGUAUGAGCAGAUGCUUGCAGUAAGCAUAUACAGUAGGAAAAUGUACUGUAGUGUAACUAUCCUAAUAUAUAGUUUGAUUCUGGUGGUAUGAGAAGAUUCUGGUUGCUGUUUCCCAGCAGCAGCAUCUCAUGUUGCUCUAGUAAUACAGGAAAAGAGGAGACAAAUGGGAGCCUUAGGAUCAUUGGGGGAGGCUGCAGUGGCCUCAGUCCUUAACUCAGAAAGGAGUGCAAUUGCUGUGGCUUACAUAGCAAAACAACGCAGGGUUUGUGCACAUCGAAGCAAUACCAUGCCACCCCCAAAGCACUCAGAUCAGCUUGUAUACUUGUGAAAAGAGACGUAUGAACAUUGCUGGUCUUCACAAAAUCAUAGGGAAAACAGAAACCAUGGUGGUUCUCCUUUUUCUCUUUCUUUUUUUUUUCUUUUGCCAAUUUGCUCUGCAUAUUGGUUGUGAGGCUCCAAAGUUUGACCCUUGAGCUUCACUGCACAAAAA